CAUACAACAGAAGGAGCUUGGCUGUUCCCAGAGACGUGUUGCACUUCACUCAUUUGUACCUGCUCAGCGGUGAAUUUGCAGUCAAGAUAUGGUUUUCAUCACAACUGAAAACGUUACACAGCUUUACAACACCACGACCACCCAGCAGAUAACAGUCAGUUGCUUCUACAACAGUUCAGAAGAGUAUCAGCCGAAUAAAUAUGAAUGUAUUAAUUCAGAUGUAUGGAAAUGGCUACGGGAUUUUCAGCCUGGAUUCCUCUGGUUUAUAUUUAUUCUGGGAGCAAUAGAAAAUUCCUUUGUCCUCACAGUUAUGUGUUUCCACAAGAGUCGCUGCACAGUGGCCGAAAUUUACCUAGCAAACAUGGCACUUGCUGACCUAAUGUUAGUCUGUGCUUUACCUUUCUGGGCCAUUAAUAUUUCUAGUAAGUUUCAAUGGCCCUUCGGCCUGUUCCUCUGUAAAGCUGUCAAUGUAAUGAGUUACAUGAACUUUUAUUCUAGCAUUUAUUUCCUGACACUUGUGAGCAUCGACCGCUAUCUGGCCUUGGUGAAAACCAUGUCUCUUGGACGGAUGCGGCAAACUGUCUGGGCCAAAUGGAAUAGCUUUAUAGUCUGGACAUGUGCAUUGCUCAUAUGUUCACCUACAAUGGUGUUCCGAAAAUUACAGUAUUACAAAGAAUACAACAUCACAGCCUGUGGUCUUGUUUAUCCAGUCAGCUACUGGGAGCCUGCAAACAACUGCUUGCUGAAUAUCGUGGGCUUUGUGAUCCCACUCUGUGUAAUUACCUAUUGCACUGUGCAAAUCAUCAAAGCUUUACGAAGCAGUGAGCUACAAAAACUGAAGUUAGUCCAGACAGAGAGGAGAGCCACCGUGCUGGUCCUUGCUGUGCUCUUGCUGUUCAUCGCUUCCUGGCUUCCAUUCCAGAUCAGCACACUCAUUGACACGAUCCGUUACUUCACACCUGCUUCCAAAUGUCUGGAAGAAAUUAAUGAUGUACUGACUGACAUAGCUGCAUACUGUUCCUUUAGCAACAGCUGCCUGAACCCAGUCCUGUAUGUAAUUGUUGGGAAGCACUUCCAGAAGAAGGCUGUGGAAUUCUGCAAGGACUUGCUCCCAAAGAGGUGCAGAAAAUCACAGUCUGUGCAGAUGGAAAACUCCCUGGACACUUUAAGAACUUCCAUUUCAAGUGAAUACUCAAGGAAAAAACCUGUUUUCCUGUUACCAUGAGAGCACAAUCUGUUCAUUACAGGAAAAGAGUCUUCUAAGAUAUCAGUAUCCACUAAUAUCCAUCUGCUAGCGGUCUACAGAAUAAACCUGUAGUAGUAUUCAUGACUUUUGGGAAACCAAUAGUUUGAUCUCAAUGGAAACUCCACACAGAGACCUGCUUCUAGUGUGACUGGACAUUUUUCAGGAUUGAAUCCUACUUUGUAGCAUACUUUCAUUUUCAUGGCUGAAUAGUAUUUGAUGCAUGUAUCAUUUGAAGUGUUUGCAUUUCUAUGGUGUACAUACACAUACAUACAAUUUUCUGAAUAGAGCCCCAGUUUAGAAGCUAUUGUCAGGGUUGUGUAACUACUUAUGGUACACAUACAGUUUGUUAGACUAGAUUUUUGAUAGGAAGGGGCUUGUAUUUGAGUAAGUUCUGGUAAAUUAAUCGCAUGGGACUGUUAUUCAAACGGAUUUUUAGGUGUGGCCACCUUCUGGGCUUUUACUUUCUCUGUUUAGUCAUCCAAAACUAUUUUGAUUAUUUGAUUGACAAGCUGUGCCUUUUUGCAACUGCUCUGCCCCUGUUAGUUACAGGUUUACAUCAGCUUGUAUGUGUGGAAAGUACCUGAAAAAAAGGUAAAGCAGUAGUGGAAGGAAGGCUGCAGCCAGCUGCAUGAAGGUAGCUGAGUUUUCUUUGUACCAGGAGAUUCUUUGCCCCUUCUGCAUUGGGGUAAAAGCAUUCACUUACUCCUUUUGAGUGAGCGAAUGUUACUUACAUUCAUACCUACACUUCGGCUUGGAGACUUAGCUUUUAAUAUUCACAAAGCAUAAUUAAUAUUUGUAAUAUUUUUUAAUGGAAACAUAAAAGCUCAGUACAACUGGUAUGAUCUCACAAGUAGAAGAAACUGGGAAUAUGAGGGAAAGCAUCGCCUAAUGUUUAGAAAUCUAACUGAAGCUAAUAGGAGUCUUGAAAGCUCACAGUAUUUGGGAGUGGCCUUUUCAGACUCUAAUAAUACCUACAUUUUAUUUGUAGAGUCAAUCUAGGGAUUUUAAUACAAGAUAGCUUUUCCCCAAUUUGAAUGGAUUUAUGAACUAAGUUGAGUUUACAGAGAAGAUAAACUCAUAGUGUACUGAAUUGUCAGUACGCACUUUUAUCUAGGAACCUAGAUCAGAAACCAAGUUGGAGGUGAUCUAAACAUCUUCUGAAACUAACAGAGCCUUUGUUCUUUUAAAAGCACUUGAGGUUACAGCCUUAAAACCAACAAGGGAAAAGGAGUUUGGUGACAUAGGUAAACUCAGGUUGAUACUGCAUGGUCUUUAGUCAUCAGAGCUUGAAUGAAGCAAUGAAGUUCCAUUUGAGAUAGGAAAUCUGUAUUAAAGCCUCAAAUAAAUAAACCUAAAAAAUUCUCUAGAAGUGUGCAGAUGUGUUAUAAAAAGUAUGGGAUUUAGGUCGGUGUAGAUGAUUUAUAGACCUUUUUCUUUAAUAAUCCAUUAUAAUCCUGUCAUUAAUAGUUCUGUUGUUCAUUCUUUAAAUUCUGCAAGAUACCCAUGAUGAAAUACUGCAAGGCUUUGUGUUAUCUCCAGUGUUAUCAACGCUGUGUUGUUCACGAGCAUGCUGUUCACGCAACUGUUAAAUAAAAGGAGCUCCAUACAGAGGUUAUCGAGGCAAUGGGAGACAUUUUUGAGUUUUCGGUACUGAGAAGUAAAAUAUAAAAAUGUUAUGGUAUUAACAUGACAUUAAUUUAAAUAAUGUAAAUAUAUAGACACAUUAUUUUGCUAUGCAGUUAGCAUGUACAACAGAA